GAGCUGCCCAUAGGUCAGAUAAUCAAAAAGUUGGUUAAACCGAAAAUCUUUAAAACCACCCUCAGAAAGACAUUACAUAUGUAACUCUAUUAAAAAUAUAUAUAUUUUAUGAUCUAUAAACAAAAAAGUAGUAUGUACAUAUAGUCCGUCAGCUAUAACUUUUCCCAUGGGUCACAAUUCAUUUUCAAACAAAUUAAGUCAAAAUAUAAAGUGAAACGAAUGUUGAUGUGUAUAUACAUAUGUAAUUAACAAUAUCACUCACAAGACAAAUUAUGAAACUUGUAUGACCUCUAAUCUAAAAAUAGUAUCAUCCAAAAAGGUGUAGGGUCGGUCGGUUAAGAGGGCGUCUACUGUAAGUAUAACUUACAUACAUAAAAGUACACACACUAUUUUUUAAUCCAUGUUUAAACACUGGUUAUGUCACUAGUAUUAAAAGAGGCACCUAAACACAUUUUGCAAAUUAGCACAAAAACUAAUCUUGUAAGUAACAGACCAGUUUAGCUCCAGCAUCCUCAUCUGAUCUUCCCCCUUUUCUAGCAACAGUUUAUGCCUGGGAGAAUCCACCUGCAGAAUAACUGAUAAAUGCUUAUACUUUUCAUUAACAAUAACCAUACUAACUCCUUCCACGCUAUGUAUUCUGCUUUACUAUUUUGACCAGCUUCUUAUCUUAUUCCCAGUAUCUUCCACACAUCCGAACCUAAAUGACAACUCUCACCUUUUCUAUAGAAUUAUCACAAUACCGUUUUAGCUUUUUAAGAAGCAAAUGAUAUUUUUACACAAUCAGUGUGAAACCAAUUAUUGCAAGCUCCACUGCAGCCCGUCCAUAAUGAGACCAGAAUUUUGUUUACAAUGAUUUGGUUCAGAUUCAUUUAGUUUCUGUUCUGUUAUGAAUUAACGUCUUUUUUCUACGAAUCAAUAUUGCACUAUCUAUAGGCACUUCAGACUUUCUCAAAACAAGCAGUUCUAAUAAAAGAACAUAACAUUAAUUUAAUCAAAAUAUAAUUUUGCAUUUUUUCAUUUUUUGCAAUGUUUCUAUAUAACCUCAAUCUUCUUUUUACAACUGACAGUUAUGUAAAAUUUAUAUUUUUGUGUGCGACUAGGGCAACCAGUGAUCACUGAGGGCGGCCAUAUUUUGCUCUGGUUUCCGGGCUUGGCUACACUCUCCCUGGGCCCGUAUUCUUGAAUUUCAGGGAGUAGAAAUGGUAAGAGAAAGUGACGUAAAAGUAGGCGUGGCUCCCUAAAACCGAAAAUGCUGUAUUCUUGAAAAAAAUUCUCUCGAUCUACGAGAGAAAUGUCACUCCCUAAGGGAGUAAUAAUUUCUACUGGUAGUAUGUAAGAGAAAUUGAAAAUGGGAGCGAAAAUAACAAUACAUAACCUUAGAAAAGCGGAGAGAAGUGUUUUGUUUUUGUUAAGGGAUAGUAAAGAUGGAUCUAAAUAAUAUGCUCUAUUGGAAUGAUCUUAUGUUAAAUGAUAUUUUGGAGGCAGUUGAAGAUCUUCAAAUUGGUCGGGAUGUCCUCCAACCAACGGACCCAUUUUUGUUGUCCGAUCGCAAAUUUGUACAAGUUUUUAGACUGUCCAAAGGUAUGGUACAAGAACUUGUGGAAAUGGUAUCACCAUUUAUGUUGCCACAAUCGAGAGGAUCUGCACUUUCUAUAACGACAAGGGUUUUAGCUGCAUUGAGAUUUUAUGCUAGUGGAAGCCAUCAGGAAAUAACUGGCACUAACCACUACAUUUCUAUAAGUCAGGCGUCAACAAGUAGAGCUAUAGUGGAAGUGACAAAUGCUCUGAACAGGCCUGAGAUUUUAAAUCAUAAAGUAAAAUUUCCCAGAACGCAACAUGAAAGAGAAGCUCUUCGUACAAGGUUCUUUGAUCUAUAUGGAUUUCCUGGAAUUUUGGGCAUUAUUGAUUGCACGCAUGUAGCAAUAGUGGCUCCAAAGGAUCCAAACCAUCCAGAACACAUCUAUGUUAAUAGGAAAAAUUACCACUCCUUAAAUGUGCAACUGGUUUGUGAUCAUGACUUGAAAAUUCUUAAUGUGAAUUCAAGAUUUCCUGGAUCAUCCCAUGAUGCAUUCAUAUGGGCACAAUCUCCUAUCUCUACAUAUAUGGAGAAUUGUUACCGUAGAAAUCCUGCUAAUGUGUUUUUUUUAUUAGGAGAUUCAGGAUAUCCCACACGUCCGUGGCUUUUGACACCUUUACCAAAUCCAGUGAAUCCGGGAGAGCAAUUGUUCAAUGAUAGGUUGUGUUCUAUCCGGUCUCUGAUUGAACGUUGUAAUGGAGUCUUAAAAAAUCGAUUCAGGUGCCUCUUAAGAUAUAGGACUAUGCACUAUCAUCCCACACUGAGCGGAAAAAUUGUAAAUGCUUGUUGCAUUUUACACAAUAUGUGUAUAGAGAACAACGUACCAAUACCAGAAGAACUUCAUCCUGUAGAGCCAGAUUAUGGCAUGUAUGCUGCUGGUAAUGUUGUUAAUAUACGACCAACAGCCAAUCCUGAUUUAGCAGCUGCCAGACGCUUACAGCAGAACAUAAUAAAUAAUCAUUUUAAUAUACAGUGAUGAGCACCUUAAUAACCGGCAAAAUAGCACGAAAGACAGAAAACCUAUUAAGUUGUGAAAUAAAAAGAAAUAAACUAGUAGGAGCUGGGAAAUUUAGCGAUAUUAACCUUUAAAUUUACAUUAUAUUCAUUAUUUCCCUCCUUUUCACGUAUCAGAGGAGUAUGUCAACUAUGUUCAGGAGUAUGUAAAACUGUCAAUGUAACAGUAGUCUGCUAAACUUGUGCGAUACGUCUAAAGGUUAAUAUCGUUAAAUUUCCCAACUCGACUAGUUCCAUUUCUUUUUAUCUCACAAAUUAAUACGUUUUCCAUCUUUUGUGCUAUUUUACCAGUUAUUAGCGCACUCAUCACUGUAUAAAAAUGCAAUAUGUACUUGGUCAGAUAUAGUCCUUCCAUUCUGUCUUUGAACAUGCAUAAAAUUAUUCACGAAUUAUUUUUUAAACUAGGUAUCUUUGUUCUCACAGAAACUAGUAUCGCAAAAUUAAACUGCUUGUUCAUAGAAACCACAAUAAUUUAAACGAGGAUAAACAAUAUGGCAUGUCCUUGUUUACUAUGAAUUUUGAUGAUUAUAAUUUUCAGUGACAGUGACAUUAGCACCAAUUGUUGUGUUUAUUUGAAUUUAUAACUUGUAUUGUGUUUAUUUUAUAAAGUUAUAUUGUGUUAAAUAUAUUGUAACAUAUAAAUGCACAAUAUAACUAUAAAAUAUGUGCACCAAUAAUAGCCAUUUCCUAAUUAUUACAUUGACAGUACAUAUCAAUGAUAUUACAUAUCAACAUCUGUUUCACUUAAUAUAUGAUUUAACUUGUUUGCAAAUGAAUCAUGAUGUUUGUGCAAAGAUAUAAUGGAACAGCUAUAUACCUUAGCUGCCAGCAGCUUUGUUCAAUCUCAAAUUAAUCCCUUAAUUUGUAAUCUCACAUUAUUCUUAACUUCCUAAACUUUUAUAGUUUCAACGUAUAUAAUUGAAACAUAUCAAGUAAUAAUUUAGUUAAAUCAAUCAGAUGGGCAGAAUUGUUUAUUGCCUUAAUAAUAUAUGUAGCAGAUUUUUUCGAAUAGAGUUCUCCCUGGAUAUCUACAGUUACUGUCCUCUAGUAUCUUCAUAAUAUGGGACUCGAUCAAAUCUUUGUUCUUGUCAUUAAUAGAGAAAUAUUUAAACAACUUAUUGAGUCUCUUAUUAAUAGGUUCUAUUCUAGUUUUAUCGUACAGCAUUUUGUUUGAUGGAUUAUGGAGUAGAUUAACACUGUUUCAUCCACUUUUAUAUGUGCCUGUGUGCUUCUGAGAAUAUUUAUAGACAACAUAUAAAAAAUUAUUUUAAUUUAGGUGAUUUCCGUUUAUGUUUUUUAUCUUAUUUUAAUGUUAUGAACUAUUUCCUUUUGGCAUUUUUAUAAUUAACUAUAUAGAUAUGAAAUAAGCCACAAUUAAAUUGAAAAAAAUAAUUUUAUUAUUUGUUUUAAUAUGAUUUGUUAUAUUUUGUAUUAUUUUAUCCUGCUGUAUAAGAAAAUAAUUUAAAAUAAACUAGAUUUUAAAGAAAAUAAAUAUGAAUUUAAUUUG